GGAUAUACAAUAUCAUAGGGAGAUGUUAUAAUGUGUCCAGUAGGCAAGAGGGUAUGAGUGCUGCAACAUGGAGUUGCUUUGAUAUGGAUGCACUCCUAGCCAUGCCAAAGACUGAAGACUUACAGGCAGCACUGGAAGCUGUAGUAACGCCACCACCUCCCAGUCAUGGACAACAUCCUAGGUAUUGGAUAGGUCUGCGUGUGAGUUUUACUAAUGUUAUGUCAUGGCAGGACUUCUCUGGAACCAAGUCACCAGUAACGUACAGCAACAUGUGCCCUACUUGUGUUCACACAGACACAGCUCCCUGUUUCUAUUUAGAUAGCAGUGUCUCCUUCCAGUGGAUAAGGGAUGACUGUAAUCAAUAUCUCUUUUAUAUAUGUGAAAAAACAGCUCCUACAGGUUGUGAAUUUCCCAGCACUCCUCCAAAUACUCUGGAAUCACUGGACUGGAAUGUGGUAGGAGACGUAAUAAAUUACACCUGUCAAACAGGUUACACACUGAUAUCUGGGGACCUGACAAGGACAUGUCUAACUGAUGGAAAUUGGAGCGGCUCACCCCCUAUCUGCGACUUUGGAGGGAGCUGGCUAGGCUGGGGAGCCUGGAGUAGCUGCUCUGUGACCUGUGGUACAGGAACCUCCUUUAGAAAUCGUACUUGUCAUGAUCCAAAUCUGCCCAGUGAACUGGCGCUAUGUGCAGGUGGAGCCACCAACUCUACCCAGACACUGUCCUGCUUUGAACAACACUGUCCAGGUACAAGUCAGUCUGCUGGUACAGUGCUGUCUACAUCAUGUUUCAUACAAAUGGGGACCAGCCCUAGUCCAGGAAUAUGCACAGUUUCUCCUUCCACUGGCUUUGAGAUUGUCACCAAUUUCUCAGUGAAUUGCUCUGGGUUCAGUGACAGCACUAGUCAACUCCACUAUAACUACCAUUUUUGGGAUGGAUAUCCUGCUACCAAGAAUCAAUCAGGUAUCCUGUUAGGCAGCAGUUCUGGUGGUUAUAUCCACAUCUCUGCCCUGUCUGUGUCUACAGCCAGCGAAAACAGUGAGGGAGAGGUCCGAGUGCAUGCUGUCAAUGAAGAUGGUAUGACGACAGUGGUGACUUCCACCGUUCAGGUAUGUUUACAUUUAGCUGUGGGCUGGGGUUAG